AUGGUGGUACUCGGGAGUGCAAUGCUCAGGCUUGCCUCUGCUGCCGUUCUUCCUCGCCAAAGCCCAUCUUCGGAUCCGUUUACGCCUAUUGAUCCUCAGAACUGGGUAAACCCGGAUAAUAUGACUUGGGAUGACUACGUUGAACCACCGAAAACUAAUUGGGCAGACCCAUCGCGCAAGGGUAGGGACAGGAACUUCAACAUCGCCAUGAUAACAGUCGACUAUCCGGAUUCGCCUUUUGUGGUUACUCUCCGGGCCAACUCUGAUAUCUUCGGUAACCCACAACCGCUUGCUGCUGGCCUGAGUCGUGACGAUGUACCCAAAUUCUACCACGAUCUUCUCAACGUUCCAAGCGAGAUCAACCAGGGUCAUACGCUGCACGAGUACUGGAUGGGCGACUCAUUUGGAAAAUAUGGAGUCGACCUGACCGUAUUCGGCCCGUAUCGCAUGCCCUCGCGUAGCUACCAGUACGGAAUCGACGAUGAGGAGGGCGGCUUCAAUGAAGGUGCUUGUCCAGAAGGUCCUCCGUGUUCAGUCGACCUGCGCACUGAUGCUCUCGGGGCAUGGCGAGCGGAAGUUGGCAACGAAACCGCAGACGCAUUCGAAUUGGCUUUCAUCCUCUCUGCGGGCCAGGAUGAGUCGUCUACAUGGCAGGAAUUCGGUGAAAUGAAGUUCCUCUCCAAAGAAGACGUACCCCCCGAGUUUGGGCCCCCAGGCAACUCUUCACUCCCCAACUGGGCAAGUACUCGCUAUGUCGAGUGGUCUUCGUGGGCUGCAGCCUCCACGAUCUGGCCCAACGCAGGUGGUGGCUCGUCUACGCAGGGAGAGUCGAGUGGCAUGGCUACGUUUGCUCACGAGUUGUCGCAUCUGCUUGGUAUUGGUGACAACUACAACAACCCAUUCAGCAACCCCGCUAGACGUACCUAUACCGGCCCUUGGAGUAUGUUGUCUCGUGGUAGCUUCAACGGUCCUGGAGGUCCACACACACGUUGGCAAAUCCCACCUGUCCAAGGUGCCUCUAUGGGUUCUCUACAUACGAUGCGCGACAAGCACCAGAUUGGCCUCAUCGACAACACUCCUAUCUUGCAAAUAUCCCGGUCUGGCCUUGCUGCUUCUGGUCCAGUGAUCGCUCAGCUCACAGCUAGAUCAGUCGAUCCAGUUGGCAGCCUCAUGGGUUUUAACAUUACCUUUGGUUCCGCAGGCGACCUUGCACCACCAUGCAACGUCACUGUUGACCCACUCUGCGAUGGCCGCCGCUACAACAACUACAACGUCGAAGUUGUUGACCGCAUGGGUGCUGAUUCCUUCUGCCCCGAUUCUGGCGUAAUGAUUAGCAAAACCAAGAACAGCGACCGUGUGCAACCCUUCCAAUGGGUCAUUGACGCAAACCCUCAAGAUGCCCGCCAGAUUGAUUUCUACCUUCCAAACGGCACGGCUCGGUACUGGACCAUCGGCGACUACCGACAACUCGUAGACGCGCUCUUCCACGCCGGCACAAAUUCCGGCUCGGAAUACGAAUACAUCGACGAGCCCAAUGGUCUGCACUUCUACAUCCUUGAGAAGCUACGUGAUGAGGCUGGUGUCUUACAUUAUACUGUCGGUGUAGCAUCCACCGCCACCGCCAACGCCACCACAUCUACCAAACACGGCAUCGAGCUCGGAUCUGGCAAGGUAGCGCAAGACGGCCCGUCCCUGAGUGAUGAAAACGCCAUGUAUUGCACCUUCGAGCUGAAGAACACGGGAAAAGCCGCUCAACUCAGCACUAAUCCUCACCCCCAAGAUCUCUCUGCUUACCUUGGCUCCGAUAUCUAUCGCUUGGAAGCUAAGGUCGAAGGCGAGGGCUGGAAGGUCGCGUUGCCAAAUGCGCUUGUUUAUGCGGGCGCUGGGAAGCAGAAGACGGUUAAGGUGGCGGUUGGAAGGGAGAGUAGGGCCUCGAAUGAGGCGACUGUUACAUUGACGGCGACGAGUGAGAGUGAUAAGGGGGUUUCAAGAAGUAAGACAUGUAAGCUGAGGAUAUAG